AUGCUUCCAUUUGGUAAGGAGGAAUCCGCUUCCUUGGAGCAGCUCUUCUGGUUUUUCUGUGAAUGUAUGCAGCGGGGAGACUGGGAACUUGCCCAGGCCUGUGUUCCUCAGUUGCAUCAGUGGCAGGAGGAUGGUACUGAAAAGGUGGGAGCAAUCCUGCAUGCUCUGGUUGCCUGCCCUUCUCAAUUGAGGUGUGGGUCAAACUGUAGUCCUCAAAAACUUGCUUGGUUUUGGCUCCUCGUAUUGCAGAAGUGGCUAGCAUUAGAACAGAAAACAGUUCCAGUAGCUCUCCAGAGAGAAACAGAGUUCUUGGUGCUCUUAGAAGAACUUGGAAAGGAUCUCUCCCCCACCAUACUUGAGGAGCUAUAUGAAGCUUAUGAAAAUGUGCAUGGGUCAAACAGGAAGCAAAAGGAUGACUCCAUGCCAAAAUUUAGUGCGGAAACCACCUCUGCUUUCCAAAAACUGCUCUUGCAGGCGCCUCGGAAGUUGCAAGCCACGCUGGAGUUCCUGCAGAGAGAUUCUGCUGGGGAGAGUUCUUCCCUAACACAAAGUUGCUCAGUACAAAGCAUUCUUCUUGGCUUCCUCUGGGACUCCCUAAAGCGUCUGAAGUGUUUUCAGUUAAAUCCAGAGUUGUCGGAACGGGAUUGGAAGGAUACUGUAGAAGAAAUUUACAGUGCGCUUAGUAUAUUGAAUGUUGAGGUGGAGAAUCAGACCGGAAAGCUGCGCCUUCUGUGCAGCGAACUUCUGGAUGCUUGUUGGGCUGAAAGAAGCCCACUGAAGGAAGAGAGGUUGCUGAGCUGUAUGUUGAGGAAAGACAGCCAUGCCUUGCUAAAUAGGUUUGGCAGUGUUUUCGUUGAGAAGACAAGAGAGAAACUGCUGGGGCCGAAGUCAUCAGGCAAAGGUACAUCUGAACAGCUGGAUGCUGAGCGGGCUGUGAUGGCACUGUUCUCAGACUCUGGACAUGCUUAUUCUUGGAAGGCUGCCUAUUUUUACUUCCUUACCAGCAACAAACACUUUUUGGAACAAAUUCUGAUCACAGCAUUAACAUUAUUGAAAAGGGAAGAUUUCUCCAGCCUUGGUAACUUAUUGAGGGGGGAAUUCAGCCACCUCCGUCGCCUCCUGAUAUUACUAGGAUGGACUCAGUGUCGUAGUCUGGAAUCAGCCAAAAAGCUGCUGUGGACUCUUCACAAAUCUCAGGGCCUCUGCAAUGACAUUGUCUUAAAAGAUUUCUGCGAUGGGCUGUGUUUCCAACUCGAGGUUCUUGAGUGGUGUAUACAACAAAAUAGUAAUCCUCUCCCAGAGAAGAUACUUCUGCAGCAUUUGCACAAUUUGGAUUGUCACUCUUCACUUUACCACCUCCACCGCCUGACCAACCUUGUGACCCUGGAUGAAGACGCUGUCACUGAACUUCUUCAGAGAACUGCAACUGGGGAUACAGGAGCUCAAGAUUCAACUGUGAGGCCAGCUUCCAGCCUUUUGAGUCAACAGCGCAACCUCAUUCUUUUCCAGGCAUUUUGUGCCAUGAAAUACGCCAUCUAUGCACUCUGUGUCAAUGCUCACAGGCAUGCAAACUGCAAGGACUGCGUGACCUGCUUUGCCGGUGACCUCCCUGGUGAGCUGCCUGAUCAGAAUGAACCUGCAGACCAGCCUCUCUUCCCAGAUUAUGCAAGCCUCUUUGCUCAGUAUCUUGACAAGUGCCAGCAGUUUUUAAGGACUGUUCCCACUCCUCUACGUCUGGAGCUCCUGGAGAACAUCUUCUCCUUGCUGUUUGUCUCCUACAGAGACCUCUGCAAUAAUUCCUCCCAAGAGAAUGAGAACACAGAAGAAACUGACUGUGAGAAGAAGGGACCGAAAAGUUGCGCUAGCCAAGGUUCUUCUGCCUCCACAAGUCCGCAGCAUUCUGCAGGGCUUGAAAGAAGACCUGAGUUGCACCUCACUGUAUCUCAAGACCAUACCAGGGGCCAAGGGCUGCUGGACUUGGAAUCAAAUGGCAAGAAUCGCAGUUCCUUCACAUUAAGUCACUUAGAUUUGAAACACUUCACCAGUGGGAUGAAGGGAUUUUUAGCUGAUGGUGUUGCAAUGGAGAGCCUUCUCAAAAUGCUCCUGGAUCAUCUGAAAGAAAUUGAGGAUUAUUUUCCAUGGGACUCAAGUCAUAUUCCUCAGGAGGAGCUGGCAUUGCUGGAUUGCUUGAAUUUAUCUGUAAACAGAGGUGGCUUUGGCUGUCGCUUGCAGCUGUUCUCAAAGUACCUCUCUGAAGCUCAAUGGCGGUACAAUGUAGUGAUGAGUAAUAGAAAGUCAGGUGAUCAGCUUGUACACACUAGAAUGCAAGGUCGUUUAACUGGAGGAUCCAGUGCGAAGAGACACGCUCGACCUCAAAGGCAAAAGCCAGAUAGCAAGGAGGAAGCCUCAAGCACCUCACUGGGAAGCACAAGCAGUGAAUUAAGCAGCGCUAAUGCGUCAGAAGGAAGUGCUAGUGUUCUGUCUGAUUGGAGUGAUGUAGAAUACAGGAUAAAGCCGCUGCAGAACUCACUCGUCCCGAUGAUGCUUUCUCCGCCAGAAUCACUUCUUGUUGCCUGUAUCCUGAGGGGAAAUGUUGUAGAAGCCCAUCAGGUAGCUGCUAUGUUUAAUUUGGAGUCUUCUGUGUCCUACGGGGAGCUGAUUUUCCUGGAACAUUACCAGGGAGUGAUCAAGGAACUGGCAAAAGUGGAACACAAGAUUGAUGCUCAAUCACUGGAAGCUUCUGGAAGCCUGAAACAGUCUGUCGGUGGCCGUUCAACAUUACAGGCUAUUGGGAAUGCAGCUGCAGCAGGUAUGGUGUUCUACUCCAUUUCGGAUGUUACUGAUAAGCUGCUCACACCUUCGGAAGGCCUUGUUCCUAUGCUCCAAGAAGGCUUCUGGACCAACAGCAUCCAGCUGGAGCAUACAGACCCCCUGAGUGAUGUCCUGGAAGGCCUCUGCUCCUCUGCCAUGGCCACGUUUGACUUGGCAGCUACCCAGUGCCACUUCUGGAAGACCUGCAAGCAGCUCUUAGAAAUAGCAGAGAGGAAGUUGCUUAGCAGCCUUGAAAUGAAGGGACAAAGACUUGAUUCUGUUCUUCUGUGCUCUGAUGGCUUGAGAGGGUUCCCGGCAUUUCUUCAACAAAUAAGUAAAAUUAUCAAUACAUCUCAAGGGCACCCUCAGUCAGAAAUCUCCGGUGGUGAAAUAAGUUGUCACUUCCACUGCAGUGCCGUCGAUCUGCUGCAGACUUGUUACCCAAGCCUGACAGAAGGCUGCAUUACUAAUCAGGUUGUGUUAUCACAGCGCUUUGAUCAAAUCCUGGAGAGACUAGCAAAUGCAGAGAAUUCAUCAGAUUCCAAAAGCAACUUACUUGCCUCCUUGGUAGAACAAGCUUCUUUGAAACCUGCAGAAUUAGAGGCACAUCCCAUUUAUAGUCAAAUCAAACUGUUGCUGAGAACGCUGGACCAACAUGCCCAGACCACACAAGACAGCAUGGCGCAGCAUGUCUAUGUGCAGAACUUCUUUGCUUAUGUUAACAAGCUGGCUGCUGUUGUCCUCCAGAGCCUCAAUCCAGAACUAGAUCAGUCUACUGAAGUUCAAGUAGGAAACCCCUUCCUGUUGCUCCAGCAGAGCCCUUCUCAGUUGCUGUCCCAGCUGUUGUUUGAGAGGCAGGUUUCUCCUGACAGGUUGUCUCUGCUGCUGGCCAAAGAACAACUGAAUUUAAAUGUGCAGCAAGUGAUAAUUCACUAUUGCUGUGAGGCGCUGCCUCUGUGCGACAUCAGGCAAAGCAGCCAGACUAGGUCCCUUUUAACCAAUAUAAGCAGUUUAGCCCACCUCCAUGCAUAUAACUGCUUGCCUGAUGUUGAGAUACCCAUCCACAAUCCAACAGUGGACUCUGAGGACACUUCCAGCCAUUCCUCCUCCUCCUCAAUGGCUGAACUGAACCAGCACAUGCUAACGACUUCCUCCCUCUCUUUCCUGAAGUCUCAGUCAACCUUAACAGCUGCCGUUGCUUGUCUCAGUGCAUCAGAUGUUCAGAGAGCCCCCAAAACAGGCCUGUCAUGGAUGGAGUUCCGAGGCAGGCGCGAAGUCCCCUUGUCCAUGGAGCAAAUUUCCAAGGAAUGUGAAGUGUUGUUAAAGGAAUUCCCCUUUCUGGAGAGCUUCCUUCUUACUAUGAGCACACCCUUGCAGGACCCUCUGGACAAGGGAAAUAGCUUGGCCAGCGGUCUCUGUGGAAAGUCUUACAUCUCCUUGCUCUUCGUGGGACUGCAUUCCGUCAGAGCUGUUGAGGUGCUAAUGGAAAUCUUUGAGCAAGCGCUCACGGCAGGCGACUGGCUCAGAGCCCUGAAGGUCUUGGAUCUCUACAGCCAGGAUAUGGAAGAGCUGGUCACUGUGAGGGAUGCAGUGCUGAGUUGUGCUGCUGCUGAUGGUCCAGAAGGUGGGCAACAUCUGUUCCGAGUGAGGGAUGCCAUGCUGAGGAGCAGGCUGGCCUUGCGCUGUCUGGAUAGGUGGCCCCUGAAGGCUUGUCUGGACAUUUUAGCAUAUUGCACCUGUGACCCUGAGGUGACUGAAGAACUCAGAUCUGAUCUGCAGAGCAAGACAAGAGAACUUCAGGUUUACCAAAAGAUUCUAAGUCUACAAGACAUCCCUGUGUGGCUUGACUGGCAGGAUCUCAAAACAGCUUGCGUUGAUAAUCCUCAGGCUGUUCUGGGGGUGAUUCUGGAGGCAAAGGAAUAUGAUUUAUGUGAAGAAUGGGGUAAUCUGUAUCCUAUUCCAAGAGAUCAAUUAAUCAGUCUUCACCAGAAUCAUCUCCUUCACUUGCUGGAGAUGGGAGACAUGGAGAAGGCCUUGCUGCUCUUACAAAGGAUAGAAGACCCAGACAUUCAGCUUGUCAUAAGCGAACAGUGUCUUGAUAAACAUCCUAGCUUGGCAGCUUCUCACUUCCUCGCAGAUUACCUCACAACAUAUUUCUACAGGCACUUAACAGCGAUGCGCCAUAAUGAAAUUCAGGCGCUCUAUAUGGGAUCAAAGGUGUUGCUGACUCUCCCCGAGGCUUACCGUGCCAGCUACUCCCACCUCUCCUGCAAGCCGCUGCUGAUGCUGGAACAGCUCCUGAUGAACAUGAAAGUGGAUUGGGCUGCGGUGGCCAUACAGACACUGCACCAGCUCUUGGCUGGGCAGGAGAUAGGUUUUACUGUGGAAGAUGUUGAUGCCUUGCUUUCCAAAUAUGCGGGGAAAGCCCUCGACUUCCCCUUCUCAUUAAAAGAGAAGAGAUCAGAUUCCAUUAUUCAGAUUCAAGAGAGUCUUUGUCAGGUAUCUGAAUCUGGCACAUUGUCUAAAUCGGAAUCAACAGAGUUAUAUUCUCCUAGUUUUCCUGAUGCAGCACGUUCACCCAGCCCAGGAGAAAGAAGCCUACUGCGAACUGUUUCUGUUCAGGAGUUUGUGCCACCUGAGAGGCCCCCACCGAAACACCAGUGGAUCCCAGAUGAAACCGAAGGAACGUGCAUGGUCUGCAAAACGGAGCGUUUUACUAUGUUCAAUAGACGGCAUCACUGCAGACGUUGCGGAAGGCUUGUAUGCAGCUCCUGUUCUACCAAGAAAAUGGUGGUAGAAGCAUGCAUGGAAAACCUGGCUCGUGUCUGUGACCAGUGCUACAAUUACUACAACAAGGAGUGUUCAACAGUUUUAUGCCAAGAUACAGUAAUCGCAAAUGAUGAGGACAAGGAUCUAGAAGAAGAGACUUCUGAACACUCAGAUUACUCUGUAGUGAUGCAAGUACCAAAGACAGCGGAGCUUGAAUGGCUUCUUUCUUUGAGAGAAGAAGAGAAUGAAACUGUGCGUAGUGAGUUUUACUAUGAACAGGCUCCCAGUGCUUCCUUGUGCAUCGCCAUCUUGAAUCUGCACUCGGAUAGCGUAGCUUGUGGUCACCAGUUGAUCGAGCACUGUUGUAAGUUGUCUCGAGGCCUGACAAACCCUGAAUUGGAUGCUGGGCUCCUCACGGAUAUCAUGAAGCAGCUUCUUUUCAGUGCCAAAAUGAUGUUUGUAAAAGCUGGAAGGAGCCAAGAUUUAGCUCUUUGCGAUAGUUACAUCAGCAAAGUGGAUGUGUUGACUAUUUUGGUGGCUGCUGCAUAUCGUCAUGUACCAUCUCUGGAUCAGAUACUGAAGCCUGCAGCAGUUACAAGGCUACGGAAUCAACUUUUGGAAGCAGAAUACUAUCAACUCGCUGUAGAGGUUUCUACAAAGACUGGCCUCGAUCCUGCUGGUGCGUGGCAUGCAUGGGGCAUGGCUUGUCUUAAAGCAGGCAAUCUAACUGCUGCCAGAGAGAAAUUUAGCCGGUGCCUAAAGCCCCCACGAGAUCUGAAUCAGCUAAAUCUGGGCACAAGACUAGUCCAAGAUGUUAUCCAUUACCUGGAGACCACGGUGAAGCCUAUUCUCUCUGUGCAGGAUGACGACUACUUUGCCACACUGAGGGAACUGGAAACCGUGCUGAGGACACGGAGCCUGUGUCUGGAGAUGAUACCCGAGGGGAAGAUCCAGCAUAACAGCUACUACCAAGAGUGCCUCUUUUAUUUACACAAUUAUGGCACCAAUCUAGCAAUCAUCAGCUUUUAUAUGAGGCAUGGCUGCAUGCGGGAAGCACUGCUGCACUUGUUGAACAAGGAGAGCCCACAGGAAGUGUUCAUUGAAGGGAUCUUUGUCCCAAGCUACAAGAGUGGGAAGCUUCACAUGCUGGAGAACUUGCUGGAAACCAUCGAUCCCGGCCUGGACAGCUGGGGGGUUUAUCUCAUUGCAGCUUGCAGGCACUUGCAAAAGAAGAAUUAUUUCCAUAUUCUGUAUGAAUUGCAGCAGUUUACAAAGGAUCAAGUUCGUGCUGCCAUGACCUGUAUUAGAUUUUUCACGCACAAGGCAAAGUCGUAUACUGAACUGGGAGGCAGGCAGAAAUGGCUACUGAAAGUCAAGGAUCAUCUCAAAGUUUACCUACAGGAAGUUUCACGGACCUCAGGAAGGAAAAGAGUCCAAUGCUCUUUCCGUAAAAAAAUGUCUGCGACUGAUGUGUCAAGGCAUCUCAGUACAGUUGAACUUCAAAUGGAAGUAACAAAGUUCCUCCAUCAAUGUGAGAAACUGAGUGCUUUGUCUGCAGCUGGCUUGGCUGUACCCACACUUUUUGGAAACAAUCAAAUGAAAAUGGAAGUUGCUUGCAAGGUCAUGUUGGAAGGCAAAAACAUUGAGGAAGGCUUUGGAAUUGCAUUCAGAGUCCUACAGGACUUCCAGCUGGAGGCAGCUGCUGUGUACAAUAAAGUGGCCCGGCAGCUGUUGAAACGGCAGAAGUUCAGUGAGAUCAGGCAGCUCCUCAAAUGCAUUAAGGAAUCAGGGGUUGCUGCUAAAAAUGAUGGGGACAAUGUCAUCCUGAACUGUCUGGAUGAGUUUGGCGCUAUCCCUUCUGAGGAACUGGACGAUCUGAUCCAAGAUAUGGACAAUGAUGAAAACAAGAUCCAAGCAUAUCUGAGAUGCCACAAGCUGCGUUCUGCUUACCUGGUUGCUGUGAAGCUGGAGAACGCUAGAGCUGUGCAGUUGGUUCAGCACGUACGGCAGUUGGCUGAGGACAGUGGGGAAGAUGUGGUGCAGGCCAUUUGCACCCAGUGGCUUUCAGUGCAUCAAGCCAAGCCAAAAAGCUGGCUGGCUCAGAGCACCAAGAAGUGACU